AUGUUGCACGGGGCAUCCACCACGUCUUCAUCGUCGGAGAUCAACACUCCUGCCACCGCAUCAGUUUCCACACUUGCCACGACACUAGCCUACGCUACACAUCAGAACGAGGAUCGAAAGGCCGUCCUCUUAGCAACUGCGCGCGUCCACAUCGCUGACAGGCAUGGAUUUCCGCACUCAGUGCGAGCUUUGCUCGAUCAGGGUUCCGAGCUAUCCAUUGUCUCCGAGACAGUGGCGCAACGCUUGCGACUACCUCGAGCGCACACGGGACUAUCCAUCUCCGGGGUCGGAGGAGCCCGCCCAGGACCAAUCCGCGGCAAGAUCACGUUGAAGGUAACGUCAGACGUGACCAACGCCGAGCUCUCCGUGGUGGCUUAUAUCCUGCCUGCGCGCCUCGUGAUGACACAGGGCCCCACCUCAAAGACGGAUAAACGCUGGCCUCAUAUCCAGGGACUUCAGCUGGCCGACCCCAACUUCCAGGACGACGACCCGGCUGAACUGCUCCUAGGAGCGGAGGUCUGCUCCUUCAUAAUUGAGGAGGGCGUACGCAAGGGCGGUCCAGAAAUGCCGAUCGCCCAGAAAACUAUCCUGGGUUGGAUUCUCUCCGGGGGAUCUGAUGCAGCAGCAACCGCGGAUCACCGACGCACGCUCCGUAUCACUGCUGAUUACGACCUCGCUGACCUGGUGCGUCGAUUCUGGGAACAGGAACAGGAGCCCACCACCGCUGUCACGUCUCUCACCCCCGACGAACAAGGGAGCGAGGAGCUCUUUGUGCGCAGUCACACUCGCACUGCCUCUGGGAGAUACAUGGUGAGGUUGCCGUUCUCCUCACCACCGACAAAACUGGAGGAGACUCGCAAGCCAGCGGAACGUCUUCUGAUGGCCAUGGAGAGACGCUGCAUCCAGGACCCUCGCUUUGGUGAUCUCUACCGGAGCUUCCUGCGCGAGUACGAGGACCUACAACACAUGACGAAGUUAGCCACGGCGUCGACUGACCGGCAGGGCAAGUGUUACUUACCGCAUCAUCAUGGGGUCUUCAAGGAAUCCAGCACCACCACCAAGUUGAGAGUCGUGUUCAACGGAUCGCAGCGAACACGAGCCGGGGAAUCGCUGAACACGCACCUCCACACGGCGCAAACCUCCUUCCGCCGCUAG